UGAGCGCGGGGCGGGUGUGUAUAUUGAUCAGGCUCGCGCGCAGGUGAGGCGUGUUUCUGACAGGCGGCGGGUCUGAGAGAGGUUUACAAGCACACAUCCUCACCUAAACCUCUGUGCAGUAGCAGCAGCAGCAGCAGUGUUCAAUGAAGCCCAACAGCUGAGACACAGAACGAGAGAGAAAGAAGAGAGAGAAAGAGAGAGAGAGAGAGAAGCCCUGGCAAAGUUCCACCACAACUGAAAAGUGUCUGGUCCCUGAUCCAGCUAUGGGCUCGUACUGUAGAACUCUGCACAGAUCUCUACACCUUUUAAAACCCAUCACCUACACCUGGCCAGUGACCCAUCUCACCUCCAGUGGGUUUAUAGUAACUCAGACACUCAACCCAUGCAGGAGGCAGUCCACACACCACUCCCACUUCCAGCCCCAGCAUCGAAUUAACGACAACUCUGUGGAAGUUCUGGGCCGCGUCUACCCUCGAGAUGACAUGUCUAACGUUACGGCCAAAAUCCUGUCCAUGGUGGGCCGUGAGCUUCACAACCAGUCCCACCACCCUCUGUGGCUCAUCAAAGAACGCAUCAAAGAUCAUUUCUACCGCUCCUACAUUAGCCGCUCGGGCACCCCGCUCUUCUCCGUGCACGAUAACCUCAGCCCUGUGGUCACGGUGGAGCAGAACUUCGACAGUCUACUCAUCCCCGCUGAUCACCCCAGCCGGAAGAAGGGUGAUAACUACUACCUGAACCGCACCCACAUGCUGCGCGCCCACACCUCCGCCCACCAGAAGGAGCUGGUGCGGGCUGGCCUGGACUGCUUCCUGUUGGCUGGAGACGUGUACAGGAGAGACGAGAUAGACUCCAGCCACUACCCUGUGUUUCACCAAAUGGAGGGAGUCCGGCUUUUCUCCAACCAUGAGCUGUUUGCUCAAGUGGAGAACGGUGAGGACUUGUCUCUGUUUGAGAACGGCGGUCGCAGAACUCCACAGAAGCAGGAGAGACACACCCUGGAGGCUGUGAAGCUGGUGGAGUUCAACCUCAAACGGACGCUCACUCACCUCAUCAGACACCUCUUUGGAGAAGAUCUGGAGAUCCGCUGGGUGGAGUGUUACUUUCCUUUCACACAUCCCUCCUUUGAAAUGGAGGUGCGUUUCCAGGGCGACUGGUUGGAGGUGCUGGGCUGUGGUGUGAUGGAGCAGGAGCUGGUGCACUCAGCGGGUGCUGAGAAUAAGAUAGGCUGGGCUUUUGGACUGGGCCUGGAGAGACUCGCCAUGGUUCUGUUUGGCAUCCCAGACAUCCGUCUCUUCUGGAGCCAGGACGAGCGCUUCCUCAAGCAGUUCCACCUGUCCAACAUCUAUGACUCGGUCACCUUUCAGACCCUGAGUAAAUUCCCACCACUAUUCAACAAUAUCUCCUUCUGGCUGCCGGAUGAAGGCUACACAGAGAACGACUUCUACGACUUGGUUCGCACCAUUGGAGGAGAUUUGGUGGAGAAGGUCACGCUGGCAGAUCAGUUCACUCAUCCAAAAACAAAGAAGAUGAGCCACUGUUACCAGAUUGUGUACCGGCACAUGGAGCGAACCCUGACCCAGGAGGAGGUGCGAGUGAUUCACCAGGCCAUCGAGCAGGCAGCGGAGCGUGAGCUGGGGGUCCAGGGCAGAUACUGAGACCGCCAGUCCACCUCUCCCUGGCCCACAAACAGCUCAACAGAUGCUGCUUGUCUCAGGUGCUACUGUCAAAAUAAUGCCUAGUUUUAGAGCUUCAUCUUUCUCCUGGAAAAAGGCACAGAUGUUCCACAUGUGCGAGUCAACAUGUCAAUGAUUUAACAGCUAGACUCUAUUUUUGUAAGACACGCUUACGAUCUUUCUGAACUUUGCUGUCAACCGGAUUCCGUGUGCAGUCUUCUGAUCAAAAAGCAAAAAAAUAAUAAAUAAAUCCAGCCCGCCUGCACUCACACACUGUUCUCAGCCUCUGACCUUGAACCGCUCCCCCAGGUCAUCCAGCCCACAUCGCUCACAUGCUGUACAAGUGCAGCUUUCUUAAAUUCAUGUUAUCCAGCUGCCUGCAGCAACCUUUCAUCCAGAGCACUGAGAGGCUGAACUUAAAUACCUCCAUCACAUCAGCGCGUCGCCCGGAGGGAGCGGCCUUUGAUUUAAUACAAACGUGGUCCGGCCCGUUUACUCCCGUGGAUUCAGCCCAACAAUGGAGACUAAUGGAAAAAGGGACAGUGAGGGUGCUUGCUCUGCACUCGUUUUUUCUGCUUUGCAUUUUUCUAACGGCUGUUUGAGGUGGUGAGUAAUGACAUUGCUUUCAGGAAGCUAGUCAGAUUAUUAACUGCUCGGUGAAUAGUUGAGGAAAACAGCAAUAAACAGAAAGCUCUUGUUUAUUAAGGUCCUGUAACGUGUGUUUUGUUACUGUAAGAAUAAAGUAAAGAAUUGGAUAAA